UUCGCACCCUAGGAUGAGAGGCAGGGGCCGAGGCAGGGGUAGGGGCCGAGGCGGGGGCGGGGGCAGGGGCAGGGGCGGGGGGCAGCAGAAGCGCAAGAGCCAGGACAGGCUGAAUUUUACGAACAAGAGGUUUCGGCCCGACGAGCGGCACAAAGAGGAGGCGGAGGCGGCAGAGGAGCGCGUGUCCGAGACGUCCGAGUCUUCGGACGAGGAGCAGCCGUCCGACGACGCUUACCAGCAGCUUCUGGGCACAAUGAGCGCCCGCGCGAGGCCGCCCGCCGUCGUCAGCACCGACGAGUCCGAGGACGACGACGACGCCAGCCACGACGACGCGGAUGCGGACGAGCCGGACAGCGGCUCGGACGACGAUAUUGAGGCCGAGCAUGAGCACCAAGGCCACGACAGUGAGUCGGACGCCGACGACGGCGGCGACGACAAGGUACACGAGGAGGCGGAGGCGGAAGACCCGUUCUGCGUGCACCUGAACGGGGAGCUGGAGGGGGCGUUGCUGGCGGCGGUGUCGGCCGACAAGCCGCAGGUGGAGACGAGCAAGCUGUUCUGGCCGCACCUCGGCCACAUGCAGGUGCAGCUGCCGCGGGUGGAGGCGGCCUCGGCGGCCCCCAGGGCCUCCGGCUGGGGGCUGUGCGAGGCGGAGAAGGCGCUGCUGCGGGCGGCGGCGCCGCCCGCGCGACCGAGCGGCGCCGAGAGCUGGCAGCGGCUGCGCGUGAAGCAGCAGCUGUGGGCCAACGUGGACGCGGCGCUGUCCGGCGGCGGCCUCAGCGGGCUGCAGGCCGAGGUGUUGGCCGUGCUCAACAACUACCAGGACCUCUACUUGGCCGAGCAGACGGCCGCCAACCUCGAGCAGCUGCGCUUCGUCUACUGCCUGCACGCGGUCAACCACGUGCUCAAAACCAGGGCCAGGGUGCUGGCCAACAACGACAGGGUCAAGCGCGCCGGCGGCGACGUGCCCGACGACUGCAGGGACCAGGGCCUCGUCAGGCCAAAGGUGCUCAUCCUCCUCCCUUUCAAAGACGCCGCCUACAGGACGAUCAACACGAUAAUCUCGAUCCUGCUGGGCGACGGCAAGGGAACCGUGAUGAACCACAAACGCUUCGUCGACGAGUUCACUGGCGAGGAGCUUGCGCUGCCCAAGAAGAAUCCCAAGCCCGAGGACUACGAGCAGCUGUUCCGGGGCAACGUCGACGAUAAUUUCAAAAUCGGCAUGUCCGUUACGAAAAAAAGACUGAAGCUGUACGCGGACUUUUACGAGUCGGACAUAAUCGUGGCGUCGCCGGUGGGCCUGCGCGUGGUGGUGAGCGGCGAGGCCGAGGCCGAGCAGGACUUCGACUUCCUGGCCGGCCUCGAGCUGGUGGUGAUGGACCAGGCGGAGGUGCUGGCGCUGCAGAACUGGCAGCACGUGCAGCACCUGUGGCAGCACGUGCACCUGCAGCCGCGCAACCGGCGCGACACCGUCUUCUCGCGCAUCCGGCUGUCGGCGCUGGCCGGACACGCCAAGUACCUCAGCCAGACGUGCGUCUUCUCCUCGGUGCAGAUGCCCGAGGUGGCCGCCCUGAUGCGCGCCCGCUGCCGCAACUACGCCGGACGCGUGCUCGUCGCCAACCCAGUCCGCAUCGGCUCCAUCGCCCAGGUCGUCGUCCAUCUGCCGCAGGUGUUCCACAAAAUCGAGGCGUCGUCUGUGAGCCAGUGCCUGGAGAAGCGAUUCGAGGUGUUCGUGUCGAAGAUUCUGCCGCAGUUCCGCGACUCGAUGAUGAGCCACACGCUGAUCUACGUGCCCUCGUACUUUGACUACGUCCGCCUGCGCAAGCACUUGAUCGACAAGGAGCUCAGCUUCGUCCAGAUUUGCGAAUACGCCGAGAACGGGAAAAUCGCGAGGGCCAGGGACUUGUUCUUCCACAACGAGGCGCACUUUUUGCUCUACAGCGAGCGCUUCCACUUUUUCCGGCGCAUCCGGCUCAAGGGCAUCCGCCACCUCGUCUUCUACCAGCCUCCCACCCUGCCGCAUUUCUACCCCGAGCUGUGCAACUUCAUGCAGGAGGCGAACCAGAAUCCGAGGAAGGAGGGCGGAAGCUCGACCAACAUGACCGUGACGAUUCUGUACUCAAAGUACGACGCGCAGAGGAUCGCGUCCAUCGUGGGCACGGAGCGGGCCUCCAGCAUGAUCGGCUCCGAGAAGACUGUCCACCUCAUGGUCACCGGCGACGACAAACAAUAAUUGACUCUUAUUUUUCCAAUCUUUUUAAUUAAAACCAGUGUUUACUUGCA